AUGAACAGGUCUGUGGGUCACCUCGGCUGUCCACGAGACGCCCUCGGACUGGGAGCAGGCUGCUGUGGGUGGUGAGAGCACCUUUCUAGGGACAGGGUCCGAAGCGGUCUUCAGCUCUUCGAGGAGUUCCGUGAUCCCAUAGGACUUGGUCCGCUGGAUCCAGGAUCUGGCAGAUUGACACUCUCUCUUUCAUUUCCAAGGCAGAUCGGGAGCGGUGCCGAGAAAAAUUUCCUUACUAGAUGACAUUUCAUCGCAAUGUCCGAUCGUUUGGGGCAAAUAACCAAGGGCAAGGAUGGGAAAAGCAAGUACUCGACCCUCAGCCUGUUUGAUAAGUAUAAAGGGAAGGCAGUAGACGCGGUUCGCCCCUCAGUUAUUCCUAGACAUGGCUUACAGAGUCUCGGGAAAGUUGCCACAGCCCGGCGCAUGCCACCACCUGCAAACCUGCCAAGCCUGAAGUCUGAAAACAAAGGAAACGACCCCAACAUCGUGAUAGUACCCAAGGACGGGACAGGAUGGGCAAACAAGCAGGACCAGCAAGACCCAAAGAGUUCCAGUGUGACGGCCUCUCAGCCGCCGGAGUCGCUGCCGCAGCCGGGUUUGCAGAAAUCUGUCUCCAAUUUGCAGAAACCGACACAGUCAACCAGUCAGGAGAAUACCAGUUCAGUGCCAGGUGGGCCAAAGUCAUGGGCACAGCUGAAUGGAAAGCCAGCAGGACACGAAGGUGGUUUAAGGGGCUCAAGCCGACUAUUAUCCUUCUCUCCCGAGGAAUUUCCGACGCUGAAAGCAGCUGGAGGGCAGGACAAGGCUGGCAGAGAAAAGGGCGUCUUAGAUCUGUCGUAUGGGCCAGGACCAAGCCUCCGCCCUCAGAAUGUGACAAGCUGGAGGGAGGGCGGUGGGCGAAACAUAAUUUCUGCCACGUCUCUGAGCGCCUCCCCGACUGAGCUGGGCAGCAGGAAGUCGAGUACGGGAGACGGAGCCCCCUCCUCGGCAUGUACCAGCGACUCUAAGGACCCCUCUCUCCGCCCGGCUCAGCCUGUCCGCAAAGGGGCUUCACAGUUCAUGGGAAAUGUAUACCACCCACCUACAUACCAUGACAUGCUUCCUGCUUUUAUGUGUUCGCCACAGUCACCAGAGAACCAGGGUCCAGUGGAACGAGGCUCUUUCCCCCUUCCUCAGCUCCGCCUUGAGCCCCGGGUUCCUUUUAGACAGUUCCAGAUGAAUGAGCAAGACGGAAAAGAAAACCGGCUGGGAAUGACCCGCCCAAUGCGUCCACUGAGGCAGCUGGUGGAACGGGCGCCCCGGCCUACCAUCAUCAACGCUGAAAACCUGAAGGGCCUUGACGAUCUGGACACUGACGCUGACGAUGGCUGGGCAGGCCUCCAUGAAGAAGUGGACUAUUCUGAGAAGUUGAAGUUCAGUGACGAUGAAGAGGAGGAAGAGGUUGUGAAGGACGGCAGGCCCAAGUGGAACAGCUGGGACCCUGGAAGGCAGCAGCAGCUGUCGAUGAGCUCCGUGGACAGCUCCGAUGCCAGGCGUACCCAGGAGGAAGGGAAGGACUGGAGUGAAGCGGUGGGCAUGCCCCGCGUCGUCCGCAAGGUGCCGGAACCUCAGCCGCCUUCCAGGAAGCCCCACAGCUGGGUGUCGAGCCCUGAUUGCCAGAAGCCCUCCAUGGGCAGCGUGUUCCGGCAGCAGUCUGUGGAGGACAGGGAGGACAAGCCACCCCCGCGGCAGAAGUUCAUCCAGUCGGAGAUGUCCGAGGCCGUGGAGCGAGCCCGAAAGCGCCGGGAGGAAGAAGAGCGCCGUGCCCGGGAAGAGAGGUUGGCCGCCUGUGCCGCCAAACUCAAACAGCUCGACCAGAAGUGUAAGCAGGCCCAGAAGGCCAGCGAGGCCCAGAAGCAGGUGGAGAAGGAAGCCCCCCGAUCUCCAGGCACCGACAAGGCGACCCCGCAGGAGAACGGUCCUAUUGUCCGCAAAGGCUCCCCAGAGUUCCCUGCCCAGGACGCCCCCUCCGCAUUCUCAGAAGAGGCACCCCCGGCCUCGCCGGCCAUGGUUCAGAGCAGCACCAGUGAGGAGGAAGGCAGGGAGGCCGCGUCCCCUGCACAGGAGUUCAGCAAGUAUCAGAAGUCCCUUCCGCCCCGCUUCCAGCGCCAGCAGCAGCAACAGCAGCAGGAGCAGCUGUACAAGAUGCAGCACUGGCAGCCCGUGUACCCACCGCCCUCCCACCCGCAGCGCACCUUCUACCCUCACCACCCCCAGAUGCUGGGCUUCGACCCCCGGUGGAUGAUGAUGCCUUCAUACCUGGACCCUCGGAUCCCUCCCGCUCGGACCCCCGUGGACUUCUACCCCUCGGCUCUGCACCCUUCAGGGCUGAUGAAACCCAUGCUGCCCCCAGAUUCCCUCGGUGGGACUGGCUGGCCCUCUGAGGAUCAGAACUGUGUGCCCCCACUCCAAGAAAGAAAAGCGACCGCCAUCGACCCAGCCCCGGGGUGGAGCCCAGAGAGUUACACGGCGCUGCAGAACAAGGGCUACCCGCUCCCCCACCCCAAGUCGAGUGACCCCUUGGCUGUGGACAUGCAUGCCAGGAAUGAGAGCCCUUACUCUGCCUCCCCCAGAAGGUCAGGGGGCGUAAGUGCCCAGCGCGAUCUCUUUGAGGAGAGAGGGGAGGAGUACUUGAGUGCUUUUGACAAGAAGGCCCAAGCAGACUUUGACAGCUGUAUCUCUGCCCAGAGCCUAGGCCAGGAACUCUUGUUUCCAUCCCAGGAAAAUGUGCAGGAAGCCGGUGCUCCCCCGAGUCACACCCAAAGCCUCAGGUGUUCUCCACUGGAGCCUGCCUUUGUCCCAGCGGAGAACAAGCCUGACUAUGGCAGCCGGGACGGUGGCCUCCGCCCCACAGCCGGCAGCGUCAAGCAGGAGGCACCCAGGGAGGAGCCGUCCUUCAGCGUUCCCUCCUGGGAGAAGGAAGGGAGCCCCGGUAGGCAGACAUCCUCAGAGCCUGAAUGGACCCCUGAGCCCCGAAAUGCCAACAGCCAGCCCCAGGAGCAGCCGGGCAGGACCCGGAGGUCGGGCCCCAUCAAGAAACCCGUGCUCAAAGCCCUCAAGGUUGAGGAGAAGGAGAAGGAGCUCGAGAAGAUGAAGCAGGAGCUUGGGGAGGACAGUGCCCAGGACAAGGAGCCCAGUGGCAAGACCGAGAAGGACGAGGAUGAGGAGAAUGAUCCCGCCCGGGCCAACUCCACCCCAUCUGCAGCAGAGGACAGAGCGCCUCCCCGGGCUAGCUCUGGCCACGAGGCCAGCAGGUUUGAAGAGGACGAGAAGCCCGACAAGGCCUGGGAGAGCAGACCCUCCCGAGAGGCCAUUGACACUCCACCCACGAAGAGAAAUAACUGGAUCUUCAUCGACGAGGAGCAAGCCUUUGGGGGCCGAGGGCAGGCCCGGGGCCGAGGCCGGGGCUUCCGAGAAUUCACUUUCCGGGGUCGACCUGCUGGCAGCAGUGCAAGCAGCCUCUGUGGUGCAGGUGUCCUGGGGGCGCGUGGCAUCUACAGCCCCAGCCAGCGGAGCGGCCGAGGCCGUGGGCUGCGAGACUUCGCCCAGCCCGAAGACGGGCCCCGAGCCAAGCCCCGGCGCAGGAUCGCCAGCGAGACCCACAGCGAGGGUUCGGAGUAUGAAGAGCUUCCCAAGCGGCGGCGGCAGCGGGGCUCCGAGGACGGGAGCGAGGGCUCAGCCCUGGAGCGGGAGGAGAGCGCCCUGAAGAGGGGCGAUGCCCGAGAUUCCUGGCGGUCCAGCAAGGUGUACCCCGAGGACCCCGGGGCACUGGACGCUAAGAGCCGAGGCCCUCGGGCCUUCGGGCGAGCCCUCCCUCCCCGGCUGAGCCAUUGUGGGUAUGGGCGGAGGGCCUUUGUUUCCAAAGAGUCACCGCACUGGCAGGGCAGGGGCCUGGGCAGCUCCUGGCAGGAGUCCGGCCCGACCGACACGUGCGGGGCACGGCGGCCCACGGACCGGGCCUGCGCCCCAGACUCCUACAGACACUCGGAGUCGUUUGGCGGCAGGGCCUUUGAGGACAGCCGCAUGGAGGACAGGAGGUCCUUCUUCCCAGACGACCACGGGGCCGAUGCUGAAAACGCUGAGAACCGGCCCUUCAGGAGAAGGCGCCCACCGCGCCAGGACAAGCCUCCCCGCUUCAGGCGCCUCCGGCAAGAGCGGGAGUCCCUGGGCCUGUGGGGGGCCGAGGAGGAGCCCCGCCUGCUGGCAGGGCAGUGGCCAGGCAGGGCCAAACUCUGUCCAGGGGACAAGAGCGGCGCUGUGGGCCGCAGGUCCCCCGAGCUGCCCUACCAGCACUCCUCUGACCAUGCCAACGAGGAGUGGGAGACGGCCUCAGAGAGCAUCAGUGAGCGGCGGGAGCGGCGGGAAGGCCACAGUGCCGAGCCCGACCCCCAGGGGGACGGCGGCCUGUCCGGGGCCAGUGCAGGAGAGAAGAAGGAGCUGGCCAAGAGGAGCUUCUCCAGCCAGAGGCCCCUGGCCGACAGACAGAGCCGGAAGCUGGAGCCGGGAGGGUUUGGGGAGAAGCCCGGUAGGCCAGGUGGUGGUGAGACCUCUCCCCGUUAUGACAGCCAACAGAAUGGGACGCCUUUGAAAGCCAAAAGGUCCCCAGAAGAGGCCUUGCCAGGAGGGCUUGGUGGCUGCAGUGGUGGGAGCAGCCACUCGCCCUAUGCCCACACCAGCGCUGACGUCCCCGAAGCUUCUAGCAAGAAGGCAGAGAAGGAGGCAGAGGUGGCCGCUCCGAGGGCCGGCGGCCAGGGAGAGGACCUGAGGCAGUUUGACUUGAGCUAUGGAAAUGCUAUCAUUGACGACUGCGCCUCCAGCCAUGUGGAGGAGAGCGAGGUGGGCUCUAUGGUGGGCGAAGGCUUCAUCGAAGUCCUGACCAAGAAACAGCGCCGCCUGCUGGAGGAGGAGAGGAGAAAGAAGGAGCAAGCCGUGCAGGUGCCUGUCAAAGGUCGAGGCCUCUCUUCCCGCAUUCCUCCUCGAUUUGCUAAGAAACAGAACAGCUUGUGUGUGGAGCAGGGCGACGUGAGCGUCCCAGGCAGUAGCCUGGGCACCGAGAUCUGGGAGAACAGCCAAGCCCUCCCCGUGCAGGCCUCCGCAGGCGAGUCCUGGAGGAAAGCCGUCACUGCCUUCAACGGCGCAGAGCCCGGCGCCGCCGAGGGUUUUAAGAGCAGCCAGGGCGAUAGUGGAGUUGACUUGAGUGCCGAGUCCAGGGAGUCGUCGGCGACCUCUUCACAGCGCAGCUCCCCGUAUGGUACUCUGAAGCCAGAGGAGGUGAACGGACCCGGCCUGGCGGAGCCCAAGGCUGACAGCCACAAGGAGCAGGCUCAGAAGCAGUCUGAGCAGAAGGAUUCAGAACAAGGCUCGGGACAGAGCAAGGAGCACAGACCAGGACCCAUCGGCAAUGAGCGUUCUCUGAAAAACAGAAAGGGCUCGGAAGGGGCCGAGCGGCUGCAGGGGGCCGUCGUCCCACCUGUUAAUGGGGUCGAGAUUCACGUGGACUCCGUGCUGCCUGUGCCGCCCAUCGAAUUUGGAGUCAACCCAAAAGACUCCGAUUUCAGCUUGCCACCUGGCUCUGCCUCUGGUCCUGCCGGGAAUCCGGUUGUCAAACUGCAGGACGCACUGGCCAGUACUGCAGGGUUGGCACAGAGCAUUCCUAUCCUCCGGCGGGAUCAUCACAUUCAGAGGGCCAUCGGCCUGUCCCCGAUGUCCUUCCCCACCGCCGACCUCACUCUGAAGAUGGAGUCUGCGCGCAAGGCUUGGGAAAACUCCCCCAGCUUGCCAGAGCAGAGCUCACCAGGAGCGGCCGGCUCUGGCCUCCAGCCUCCAUCCUCCGUGGGCGCCUCCAGCGGGGUCAACUACAGCUCCUUUGGCGGAGUGUCCAUGCCGCCCAUGCCUGUGGCCUCCGUCGCGCCUUCCGCGUCCAUGCCAGGAAGCCACCUCCCGCCUCUGUACCUGGACGGCCCUGUGUUCGCAAGUCAGCCGCGGCUGGUCCCUCAGACCAUACCUCAGCAGCAGGGUUAUCAGCAGGCUGCUGCGGCCCAGCAGAUCCCCCUGUCUCUGCACACGUCUCUGCAGGCUCAGGCUCAGCUGGGACUGAGGGGUGGCCUGCCCGCCUCCCAGUCGCAGGAGAUCUUCAGCUCCUUGCAGCCCUUCAGGUCCCAGGUGUACAUGCAUCCCAGCCUGUCGCCUCCCAGCACCAUGAUCCUCUCGGGGGGUACAGCCUUGAAGCCCCCGUACUCGGCGUUCCCGGGCAUGCAGCCCUUGGAGAUGGUGAAGCCUCAGUCCGGCUCGCCCUCCCAGCCUGUGAGCGGGAGCCAAGCCCUGGUCUACGAGGGCCAGCUCGGCCAGGCAGCUGGCCUGGGCGCCUCCCAGAUGUUGGACUCACAGCUGCCACAGCUCACCAUGCCGCUGCCCCGGUACGGCUCUGGGCAGCAGCCCCUCCUCCUGCCACAGUCCAUUCAGCUGCCGCCGGGACAGAGUCUGUCUGUUGGGGCUCCCCGAAGGAUUCCCCCGCCUGGGUCCCAGCCCGUCCUCAACGCCAGCAGAGAGUCCUCGCAGAUGGAGAUGAAAGGCUUCCACUUUGCCGACAGUAAACAGAAUGUUCCUACAGGAGGCUCCGGGGCAUCCCCACAGACCUACAGGCCUAGCUCUGCUAGCCCCAGUGGGAAGCCCUCUGGAUCAGCAGUUAACAUGGGCUCUGUGCAGGGACACUUCGUGCAACAGGCAAAGCAGCGAGUGGAUGAAAAACCCAGCCUGGGAGCCGUGAAGCUGCAGGAGGCCCCCUCGGCUGCGUCCCAGAUGAAGCGAACUGGAGCAAUCAAGCCUCGGGCUGUCAAAGUGGAGGAGAGCAAGUCCUGAAGGUGCCCGGCCGCCACCUCGCCUCACCCAAUGGGGACGGUGCCGCCACUCAGCCUCACAGAGUCCAUGCUCAGGAACCUCGCCAGACCCACUGUCCCAACGCCUGGCCUGGACCGAGAGGUCUCCCUUCUCUUCUCCACUCCUGAAAGCUCCAUUGUCAACCAGCUUGCACCGUGGAUAGACGGCAAUGACCCGCUUGCUUUGAUACAAAACGAACAGAUGAGCAGACAACUCCUCCAUCCCCUUUCUUCUGUGACCGUGGAGUGACUCCGCCUCUGUGCAGUGUAGACCCGCCCGCCCGCCCAGCGCCAGGGGCCAGGGGCCUUCUCGGUGUUUCUGGCUCAGCCUCCCUGUCCCUGAGCACUGCGGUUUGGCAGCAGGAACAUUUUAGUUUGAGGCUUUUUGUUUUAAAAAGCAGCUAAAGUUUUUACAAAGGGGAGAGAAAAGGAAACAGCCGAGCUGCGAGCACGUGGCUGAGCUCCCGUGCGGUCUCUGCCACCACCACCCCGCCCUCUGUCUCCAACGGUUUCCUUUAACCUCUGUCCGGUUUAAUUUGAUCUUCCCUGCGGUACCUUCGGAAAUGACGCUCUGCGUGGCCCCCCUGGCCCCCCACCUCUCCAGUGGUUAUCCUCUGAGGUUAUUUGCUAAAAAGAAGUGGAGGUCCGUGCGGGCCCAGUGGUGAGCUGUGUCGUCAGGUCCCCUGGAAGCCUAGGGGUCUCCGUGGGAGCCGGCUGACAACGUCUUAGCGUAAAGGUGGCAGAGUGUCUGUCUCAGGCACUCCGGGCACCCACCACUGGAGACGGUGCUGAGUCACCAGUGAUUUUCAGGUUGGCCUGGAGCUCCACCCCCCCACCCCGUGGGCCUCUGCCUUUCCAUGCUCACCUCCUGUUCCCAAUUCUUCCAUAAUCUAUUUUCUUUCCUUCUGGCUCCUGCAUCCCUGUCUCUGCGCCUCUCACGCUCAUCACCUGCUCACAUGGUGGGUGACAGGAACAUGUGGACACAUACCUAGUGGGGUCUGCAGCAGAGGCAUGUGGUCCCCAGGGAAGGCCUGGGGGUCCUGUGCAUUCUGUGUGUCUCCACUCCCAGAAGCAGACCCACGUUGUCAGGACGUGUACCUGUGCCAAGCAGCAGGGGUCAGCGUGUGGGGGCCGAGAGAAGGGUGGGGCACCGAGGGGGCAGAGGGCUGACCGUGGGCAGCCUCUAAAGAAUGACGGCAUCGAAGCCAGUGGAGCCACCUGCAGCAGGACAUGUGUGGGAGCCAUUAUAUAUAUGUGGGGCUUUUGUUACUGUUUUCAAAUGAGGAGGAAGGAAAUUAUCCCAGAUUCUGUCAUUCCAAGGAGAGGGAGGGGACAUUUCCAGUUUCUCCAAUGCUGCCUGUCGUCACUGGCGCUGGCAGGGAGGAGCCCUGGCUCAGGACCAUCACCCUGGGUGGGUCAGAGCCGCCUGGGCUCCAGGUUCUGAGCUCCUGCCUAGUGCAGAGCCUGGGAAGGCAUCAGGCCCAGACCUGCUGAAGUCACUCGUCACCACUUUGAGGCACAGAGGAACAGGGGUCCAGUAUGCUGCGGGCACUGCCCGCUGUCCAGGAAGGGGCGGUGCUAUUGAAGGGCACUUUACCACUUGCUCUGUAGCUCCCGGCGGCUCCCCUGCCUCUGCCCUCAGACCUGCCUGGCUUAUCCCUUUUCUUUGUCCCCUGAGUCUUCACACUUCAGUCCCUUCUCCAAGGGCUGCCCAUGCAACAGCACCCCAGCACCGCCGGCCACUGUCCCUCAUCUGCUCUCCCUUCUCCCCUGCAAGUGUCUGGUCACC